AUGCACAUCUUCACGCCAAUCUUCCCCCUCUUCACUGCCUUCAUCCCUCUCCUCCUGACGAGUGCACAAGCACAGUUCACCUGCACGUGGAAAAUCGGCGACAAAACUCCCUUCAAUUACGACUUCGCACUCUUCUGUAGGGCCGUGCGACAGGACGAGAAGGGGGGCUUCGCCACCUACAUCUGCGACGGCCACGGUACGGGCGAGUAUGACACUCGCGUCGCCUCCUGGAGCUUCAUGCACAAGGACAAACUCCUCGUCGAGCGCGGGCAGCGGCGGCGAUCGAAGCCGAUACUGACACAGGAAAUCCCUCUGGUCCUCCUCGUGCCAGGCGAGUGGCCGACCAAUUUUUCCACAGAGCAGGCUCCGGGUUAUGUGGAAUUGCUGGAGAGCAAAGAUGGAAGAGCUGGGCCACAAGGCCACGAGAAUGUGCCGCAGAUCGCAAGCCCGAUGCCAGCGCUGGGCAACUGGUCCCGUGGAUCCCUGCGAUGUGAUGCUUCUCGUCCGAUCGCGACCUCCCCUCAGCUGCUCAGGAUGCUCUAUUUGCUACUUCUCUCCCUCUCUGACCUCAUCGCCCGAUCCCUCGCGAGCCCAGAUAUCGUUUGCAACUGGAAGAUUGGCAAUCGAGUCCCUUUUGCCUACGACUUUGCCCUCUUCUGUAGGGCGGUCAAGGUGGAGCAGAAGGGGGGGUAUGCGACCUACAGAUGCGACGGCCAUGGCACCGGCGCAUAUGGUGUUCAAGUUGCUGCCUGGGGCUAUUGGAAGAAGGAGCGAUUAGAUGUAGGGGCGCCGUGUGCUGGGGACAGCUGGGGAUCCACGCGCUUUGGUCGAUGCUAUAGCCCGACGUGGGCGUUUUGUCUAGGCAACAGCACGGCCGGGGAUUGCUACUAUCACAGAUCGACCGAUGAGUGUAGCUGGCCGGUCACCUUUACAAAGGAAGAAGCUCCUGCCGACGUUGAGGUCUGGUACCAGUAUCGCUACUAG